GGCACUACAUAAUAGAGUCAUGGCUUCGUAUUUUUCGUUGCCAAAACAGGUCGCAUUAUUUUUUUGGGUAUUCUUAGUCUUUGUUUCUUUUGUUGGAAUGGGAUCUGCUCAACUGUCUGACGACUACUAUUCAUCAACAUGUCCUGAUGUACUUACAACCAUAGAGUCAGCAGUGGACACUGCAGUGUCAAACGAGGCUCGAAUGGGGGCGUCAUUGCUCCGUCUCCAUUUCCACGAUUGCUUUGUUAAUGGUUGUGAUGGAUCGGUCCUCUUGGACGACACAGCCAACUUCACGGGAGAAAAGACUGCAAUUCCAAACAACAAUUCACUCAGAGGGUUCGACGUGAUUGACACCAUCAAAUCUCAAGUUGAAAGUGUGUGCCCUGGUAUUGUUUCUUGUGCCGAUAUCUUAGCUGUCGCUGCUCGUGACUCGGUUGUUGCACUAGGUGGCCCUUCUUGGACAGUUCAAUUAGGCCGAGGGGAUUCCACCACCGCGAGUUUAACUGCUGCAAACAACAACAUUCCGGCACCUACUUUGAACCUUAGUGGACUCAUCACUGCCUUUUCAAACAAAGGUUUCUCUGCUAAUGAAAUGGUGGCCCUCUCAGGGUCACACACAAUAGGUCAAGCAAGGUGCACAUCCUUCCGAGCCCGAAUCUACAAUGAAACCAACAUCGAUUCCCAAUUCGCAACAUCACUCCAAUCAACCUGUCCGAGCACUGGAGGUGAUAACAACUUCUCUCCUCUCGAUACUACGAGCCCAACGUCUUUCGACAAUGCCUACUUCACCAAUUUACAGAGCCAAUUGGGCCUUCUUCAUUCAGACCAACAACUCUUCAACGGAGGCUCCACCGAUUCUCAAGUUGAUACUUAUAGUUCCGAUUCUGAUUCCUUCUUCAAUGAUUUUUCCAAUGCAAUGGUGAAGAUGGGAAGCCUUAGCCCAUUGACCGGCACGAGUGGCCAAAUCAGGAAUAAUUGCAGGAAAACAAAUUAAUUAAGACUUAAGCAUUUUUUCUAUUGAGUUGUGCUUUUUGGAAUUGAGGAAAUAGAAGCACAUGUUUUUCCUGCGUUUCUUCUUUCUCAUUUUUGCGUCCAUCUACGUAUUAUGGUGUCCGGGGCGUUUCUUCUUUCUUAUUUUUGUGUCCACGUACGUAUUAUGGUGUCCGAG